GAAAGUGGAGUGUGAGAAAAUACGGACUGACCACUGUUGAGUUGAGUAAAUUCCGAGCGACAAUAGUUACAAUGCGCUGUAAUCUAAUAUGUUUAGUCCUGUUGAUUGGACCGUAUAUCCACAUAUCUGCUGGUCUGCAGUGUCACUGCCAGUGGUGCUCCAACAGCACGUGUCACACGGACGGCCUGUGCUUCACCUCCCUGGUGCACCUGGAGGGCCGCGUGGUGUCCCAGAAUGCCAUGUGCAUCCCGGAGGCCGAGCUGUUCCCCAAGGGCCGGCCCUUCGUGUGCGCCCACUCCAAGAGGGACAACCGCGAGGUCAUCCCCGUGUGCUGCGACACGGACAUGUGUAACCGCGACCCCGACCCCGACGACUACCCAAUGCCGACAGAGCAGACCCCGCCCCUAAGCCCGGUGACGCUGGCGGCGGUGAUCGCGGGCCCGGUGUGCGUGCUGUGCCUGGUGCUGCUGCUGGUGGUGUACGUGUGCCACAGCCGGGCCGUGCUGCACCACCGCGUGCCCAGCCAGGAGGACCCCGCCCUGGACCACCCCUUCCUGGCCGACGGCUCCACCCUCAAAGACCUCAUCUACGACAUGACCACCUCCGGCUCAGGCUCAGGCCUGCCCCUGCUGGUGCAGAGGACCAUCGCCAGGACCAUCAUCCUGCAGGAGAGCAUCGGGAAGGGCCGCUUCGGCGAGGUGUGGCGGGGCCGCUGGAGGGGCGAGGAGGUGGCGGUGAAGAUCUUCUCAUCGCGGGAGGAGCGCUCCUGGUUCCGCGAGGCCGAGAUCUACCAGACCGUCAUGCUGCGCCACGAGAACAUCCUGGGCUUCAUCGCCGCCGACAACAAAGAUAACGGCACGUGGACCCAGCUGUGGCUGGUGUCGGACUACCAUGAGCACGGCUCCCUGUUUGACUACCUGAACCGCUACACGGUGACGGUGGAGGGCAUGAUCAAGCUGUCCCUGUCCACCGCCAGCGGCCUGGCCCACCUGCACAUGGAGAUCGUCGGCACCCAAGGUAAGCCAGCGAUCGCCCACAGAGACCUGAAGUCCAAGAACAUCCUGGUGAAGAAGAACGGGACCUGCUGCAUCGCUGACCUGGGACUGGCUGUCCGCCACGACUCGGCCACCGACACCAUCGACAUCGCACCCAAUCACAGAGUAGGAACCAAGAGGUACAUGGCUCCAGAGGUGCUGGACGACUCCAUCAACAUGAAGCAUUUUGAGUCUUUCAAGAGGGCCGACAUCUACGCCAUGGGUCUGGUCUUCUGGGAGAUAGCACGCCGCUGCUCGAUAGGAGGUAUCCAUGAGGACUACCAGCUACCCUACUAUGACCUGGUCCAAUCAGAUCCCUCAGUGGAGGAGAUGAGGAGGGUGGUGUGUGACCAGAAACUGAGAGCAAACAUCCCCAACAGGUGGCAGAGCUGUGAGGUUCUGCGUGUGAUGGCCAAGAUCAUGAGGGAGUGUUGGUAUGCUAACGGAGCCGCCCGCCUCACCGCGCUGCGCAUCAAGAAGUCCCUGUCUCAGCUCAGCCAGCAGGAGGGUAUCAAGAUGUAAACCACGCAUCACUUCCUGUCUCCUCCCCGUCGCUCCUCCCUCUGAGGACAGAGAAGAGGCUGGUGAAGGUGGUCUCUGCCUGGAGCUUUCGAACCCCCCCCCCCCUCCUCCUCCUCCAGAAUAACUGCUCACCUAAGAGAAGCAGCUACCCAGACAUGCAAACCCUGGGUCAGCCAGGCCUUAACCCACAGCGCCUGGUCCCUAAGACUGGAGAGGACAACUUGGUAGGGAUAUGGGGGCUGGGUCUUGGAGACAUUCCUUCCGGAUUUUUUGGUUUUAAUUUUUAACCCUAUGGGUCCACGCCCAACUCCUUAACCUCCACCCCCCUCCCCCCCCCACACCAAUAUCUGACCCCACCCCUACCUCCCAAUGGUAAGGAAUUCUGGCCUUUUCAGAAUACCUCUACAGUGAUAUUUGCAUCAACACUAGGACCGGCAAUAUCUUUUAAACAGGGUUUUAAUCCAAACUGAAAAACAGUCUCAUGCAUUUUUUCAUUCAUUUAAAAAAAAAUAUAUAUAUAUAUAUCCUGUAACGAACAUCGUCUCAGUCUUACAGAUGCCUGAUCUAUAGCGUGUUCAGUUUUUCUGUCAGAACAAGACAGACCAUGACCUCAUUCAGCCUUGUCAAAUAUGCAGUCAAACUUCGCAAUAUUUACUUUAUUGCUAUGUAUAUAUACGUUUCUAUAAAUGUGAGUGUGUAUAUAUGGGUAUUUUGUAUAUAAUUGAUGUGUGAUCAAACGUAUAUGUAUGUAAUCUUUAGUUCUCACACCUAAGCUGAUAGAUAUACAUGUAUACCUCUGCUGUAUACUCUGUUGUUCUAUGUAUAUGGUGAAUGUGUUCUUACCACCAUACUGUUUAGGAGUAUGUAUAGGUACAUACACAGCCUUACAGUAAGCUGAUAGACCUACAUGUAUACCUCUAUAUUUAAUACAAACGCCUCAGUGGGCUCUCAGAUAAGAGCGCGAGGUGCUACAAAUUGAUCUGCCGUUCUGAACUCCUUUGCUGUGUGCACAUUGCAUACUCUACUGGUCGAAAUAGCCUUAGUAUCUCCCUGACUCCUCAGGAAAGAGACACUCAUGUAUUCGCUAGGAGAAGGAUGCAGUGGAGGUCUUUGUUGCCACGGAACCGAUGAUCUGAACCCUGAGUUUGUGGUUCACUCUGGUGUUGCCUGGGCAAUGAAAGUCUUGAGGGGAAAAUAUAUUAUUAUUGAGGCUUUUAUUGUGAAGGAGGUUGUACAUACCCAUUCAAGGCUUUCCUUGUGAAGGAUGUUGUAUGAAACCGUUAUGUUUAGGCUUUUAUUAUGAAGGAGCAUUUAUAAGACAUAUCCAUAGUUAUAUGCUUUGGGGCUUUUGAUAUAUACGGCCUUUUGUUUGUUUGAGGGAAUUUUUCGUAAUAUUCUUAAUUCUGAAGGUACAUGGAGCCCUUUUGAUUUGACUACAUAUAUGUAUGAAAGACUGAUGUUGUUAUUGCUUGUACCGUUAUAUUAUUUUGCUGCUAACUAGAUAGCUGGACAUGCACACGCUGUCCUCUCGUGGCCUCUCUACUUAUUACUGUCUUAAUUUGUAGGUUAGGACAGAGAGAGCUAACCAAACAUGAGCUUUUCUGUACGUUAGCGAUCUCUCUCUCUCUCUCUCUGUGUCUCUCUCACUGCAACGUUUCUCUUUAGCAAUAAGUGCCCUUGUGUGUCACGUGGUGAUUGUGGUUGAUUUAACGCUAUGCCUGCUAGGCUCUGUGGCGUGCGCUCUGUACAGACCGCAUAUCAGACAAAGCUAAGAGAAAUGGAUAGUAUUGGGAUACAACUAUGGUCAUGGGAAUGGUGAUACAACUAUCCCACAGUCAGCACAGUGAUAUUGCGUAAGUCUAAAAGUGCCAUAAAAAGACAUCCAGGCUUUUCAUCUACUUUCCAUCUACGUUUGCGAGGUUUCUAUUUUACAAAACAAAAAUCCUGCUUCAAGCAACCAAAAUUGACCUGAGAGAGUGCCAUGUUAAGACUGAAGUACAUUUCUUAAGUGUUAGAUUUUGUUUCAAAACAGAAGGGUAUCCGGCAGGCUGUGCUCAGAAAUGAUAGUAGCUACUGGAAAACGAGAGAUUGUUUAGUUUGUCGUGUUUGUUCGAGUUGAGAGCAAGACGAAGAUAGAUAUUGCUGCUACUAAAACCAAAUAAAGUAUUACUUGUGGGUGAGAGAGAUGGAGAGAGGGGCAUCUUCUGUGGAGAAACAAUGCAAAUUUGCCAGCGGUCUCCAACCCACCCACAGGAAGUUACCGUUUCUUCAGAGGGUUGGAGAGCAUUGGGCCGGGCGGUAUCCAGCCGAGUCAUCACAUCUCAACACCUCAUCUUAUCUGCUGCCUCUAGGAUCAUUCAGGUGCCCCAGUGACGCCCCCACCCAUCACGGAUUGAGAAAAAGGGGUUGUUAGCGGACCUGUAGGGAGAGUAGUGGGCAGGUUAGCGUGGCGAGUGGAAAGGCAGGAUCCAGGUAGAGAUACAGCCUUAGAACUCCAACUAGCUCGGACACACCAGCUAGUCUGGCUGGAGUUAGCAACCGUGCAUAUUUCCCCCCCUUUACAAUGUCAAAAAUGGUGUUUUAUAUCAAGUUGUUUCUGUUCCUUCCUGUUUGUUCUGUGCUUUGGAUGUCCUCUACUAUGCUAAGUGUAAGGUGCUGCAUACUUUUAUACAUGCAAUUCCAUCGUUUAAAAAAAACGGACACAUCUGUUUUAGUGUGUCUGGGGG